AUGUCUACUUUCAUAAGAGGUCCCAUCUGCGGUACAGACAACUGCCCCUCACGGCUUUGGCGUAUCAUUGAUGGGAGAAGAACCUGCCAAUAUGGUCACGUUAUGGAAGGUGACGUGGAAUUUAACGACGAUGAAGAUGAUCUCAACGGCCUCGGUGCAGGUGUUAUCACAAGACGUCUGAAUCUUACCACCAAUGCCACUGGUAGUUUUCAAUCUAGUCAACUUACCAACUCGCAACUGCUGCAACAACAGCAAAGGCAAUCUCAUAAAAAAUUUAAAAAACUUAUCGGUCAUGAGGCCAAAUUACUAUUUCUCAAAUCCUUCCAGUUCAUCUUGAAAAGGCAAAUCCGCUGGCUCAUAACUGAAAUGCGGUUUCCGAAAGAGUUCGAACAUGUCGCCAAGAUAAUUUGGCUCAAGAUAUUAAAGACGAUUAACGACCAACCGCAAGAAGAACUAAAACUUCAAUUACAUAUGACUUCGACAAUUUCGAUCCUCUACCUUGCAUCCACUCAUUUGUCCCUACCAGUUUAUACCUGUGACUACAUCAAAUGGAUAUGCACCGCCAAAAUGCCGUAUUUCCAGGCAAGUGAAAUACUACCGAAAUCGUGGAGGAUCCAGCUGCCAAAUUAUUAUGUUUCCAUACUAGAGGGCUCAAUUUCACCUUUUAAUGGGCAACUGUACAACAAAAUCGCAUUGACGUGUGGUAUGAUCCACUUCAAAGAAUUCUUCAACUCUGAAAUUUCGUGUCAGGGCUUAUUACUGAAACUAGUGAUGCAAUGCGCUCUUCCUCCAGAAUUUUAUUUUUAUACCAAACAAGUUAUCGAAUUUGAAGAAACAGACAUUCGGAACCUGACACUGUGGGAAAGAACGGACGAACGUCACACAGGGCGAGUAAGUAAUCAUGCCGAACUCAGGGUCCUCUCUUAUUUUAUGCUCACAAUAAAUUGGAUGCUUUCUUUUGAUAGAGACCGACAAUACCCACUAAAAUGGAUCCUUUCCCUCACGGAAUCAUUGACUCAGCGCACAACCACAAGUGAAUCUAUCGGCAGAAAUAUCGUUAAAGUGGUUUACCCAGACAAACCGACUUCUAGUGAUUAUUUCCAGUGGUCUGAGGAGGAGACCCUAGAGUUUUUGAAGUGGAUGGAAAAGCAAUUUUUGCCCACACAAACAAAAUCUUUGCAUAAUGAGAAUGGUUCGAUGGAGAUGACAAUUGAUCAAAAAAUUGCUAGAAGGAAACUGUACAAGAUUUUCCCCUUGGAUCGAGAGGCCAAUCAUGAUGGCGAAUUUAAUGACUCAACGCAUCAGUUAACUUUUAUUGAAGAUCUGCAAGAAAGAUACGCUAAACAAACCCCCUUUUUUGAAAGCAACAAAAUACGUGAUUCUCUCAAUUAUCAAGAGGCUAAUCCACCGGCCAGAAAGGAGGCUAUCGGUAGACUUCUAACCCAUAUAGCAUCACAGCUUUUAGUGGAUUUUGCCAUUUCUAAAGAGCAACUGAAAGACUGCAUUUCAAGGAUCAAAAAUGCCUGUCUGCAUAGGAUGAAUUGA